AGAAAUAACAUUGCGCUUUGCACUAUUAUUAAGUAGUCUACUAAUUUGUCAAUUUAUUGUAUAUUCUACGACUCCAUAACUUGUAGAACUGUGAUAUUUUUUGUGAAGAAAAUACCAGACGAAUAUAUUUAUGCUGGGUAAUGCCUGUAAACCUAUAAGUUUUUAUUGAUAAUGAAGAAUAAGCGGCUUUUGCAAAUGGAUGUACUAUUGAAAGCGGCGUCUUUUGCGUCCAGUGACUCAAAAAAGCAACAGAAUCGUUUUUCCGGCAGAAAAAGCAGUAUUCUUAAACAUCAGUUCAAGAGUAGGCCUACCAGUCAAUUUCAACCGUCCAAUCACUAUAAACAACUAAAGAAUCCAUUUUUUAACAAAUAUCGUAGUAUAUUGAAAUGUAAUGCUUUGAAAGACAGCAAAACAGAAGCAACGUGUGUUAAGGAUCAUGAUUAUUGUACUUCAUCGUCUGAGAAGGCUCCUGAACUUGUUUCUGAACUGAAUCAAACUCAACAAAGACUACCAGUUAAUCAAGAAAGUGUUCAAAGUAAGAGUAUUUCUCUACAAGAACGACCAACACCGCAACUAAAUAUUAUAGUAAAAAAAAAUUAUUUCGAACUUAAACAAAUAGUCCCGGGAAAAAACAAUUCUAAUCUAGGCCUUCGUAAACAGGUAGUCCUGCAGAAAAAUUCUGAAGGAAAAUCAAUUCAUAUUCCACGCAAACAAACAGUUUUGCAGCAAAAUAUCCAAGGAAAGAUAACGCCAAGCAAAUUACUUCAACAGUCUACAUCGCCAGUGAAAGAGAAUUUGCAACCCAUUCAACGGAGUGCUUCUGUGGUCAAACCGAGUUCAAUCGGCGCCACAAAACGUUUACGUGUACCAGAUAUCGUCGGUCUUUUGUCGAAAUCUGCGACCAAAAUCGGACCGUCUAAAAGCGGGAUAUUUUCGGUCACACCUCCAAAACGGCCCAAAACGUCGCCAGUCUGUUCUCCGUCCCGUGCUAAAAGAUCACUCGAUAGCAAAAUAAGUUUUAAAGUCGACCUUGUGACAGACGACCACAUGAAAUGGACUUUUACGAUGAAUGGAUCUCGUGUUCAACUUAAUGAGGCUCUUGCUAAAGCUCAGACUGGAUGUACCGAGGAUUUAGGAAAAGCCAUCAUAGAAUCAUCCAUAUUGAUGCCGGUUGCAAAACCAGAAGAUAUAGUAAUUACAUCCGAUGAUGAUGAGGAGGAGGAGGAGGAGGUGGAAGUUGAGGAUGAGGUGGUUUCUGCACAAUCAGAAGAUAUUGUAAUUACAUACGAUGACUCUGAUGAUGAGGAGGAUGAGGUGGAGGAGGAAGAAAAAGAAGAGGAGAAGGAGGAGAAGGGGGUGGAGGAGGAAGAAAAAGAAGUGGAGGAGAAGGAGGUGGAGGAGGAAGGGACGCGAGAAGAGCCAUUCACUUACGAAAUAUCUUCGGAGGAUGAAGAGGAGGUACCGACUCACAAAGCUUGUCCACCUGUUGAAGAAAAGCAAGAGGAGGCAUUCAUUCACGAAAUCUCUUCAGGCGAUGAUGAGCAGGUGUCGUCACACGAACCUUGUUCACCUGCUAAAGUAAUAAUCAACAAUAAAUGCAAGUCUUCUCUAAAAGGGGACACUGAAUUGUCUUCAUCAGUGAACAAAUUGGAGUUCAUCAAAUGUACGAAACAUGUUCCCUAUAAUGAAAUCACCAACUUACAUACAUAUCCACGACAGUGUGAUAUUUGUAAGAGAUCAUACAAAACCCGAUUCUCAUUCUCCAAGCAUAAAUCUUCUUGUACACCUGUGGAAAAUCCCUGUCCUGUAUGUGGCAAAAUUUUUCAGGAGCUAUCAAGCCUCAUAGAACAUGUCAAACUUUGUGGCAAAGAUUGCAGUGAUUGUAAAUCGACUUUCAAGACAAGACGUGCCUUUCAGAAGCACAACGAAAUCUUCCAAAAACGCAAAAAGUGCAUCGACUGUCGUAAAAAUUUUGCUAAUAAGUGUUUGUUCAAUAAGCAUAAACCUUUUUGUGAAAAGUACAAUAGGGAAUCAGAAACACUUCUGUUCGACUGCAUGUGGGAAUUUGAAACAUGGAUGAGAGAGGAAAGUGAAAAACAAUCGACAUCUUUUGAAAAGUCCUCUGGCUCUCGAAUCAAAGAUUCAGACGGCACGAAAAAGUAUUGUUACAGAUGUAAAUUCAGCAACAAAUCAGUGUCUAAAGAGGGGGAAAAUUCAGAUCAUAAGCUAAAUAAGUGUUGUCGUGCUAGAUUAGAUGUGCAAGAAUAUGAGGAUGGAAAACUGGUGGUUACUUAUUUUUCGACACAUUUACAUCCCAGUGAAAAAAAUUGUGUGAUGAAACACUUGUAGAAAAUAGAAGAGAAAAUUAAACUGGAA